GGCUCCGCGUUGCACCAUCACUUCCCGCGCAGCAGGAAACAGCACCGCGUCGCGCCGCCUGCCUUGGCCUCGCAGCUGCCAGUGCCCCAGGCUCCUGUGACCCCCCCUCCCUGGGCUGGGACCUGCCCCUGCCGCGCGGGUACCUGCCCCCGCAGCCCCCAGGACGCCCCCGGCCUCUCCCACCAGCCUCUGCCUCCCCCAGCCAAUGAGGCCUCAAGUUGCCCCCACCCUGCGCCAGCCCAGCAGCUGAUUGGCUGCUGGGUUGCAAAGGAGGGCGGGGCCAGGCUCCCUCCCACCCACUCCCGGCCCGCCAGCCAAUCCUGUCGCUUCCUGCUCUCUCCCUGUUUCUCUCGGGGCUCCCCCGCUGCACUGCCCCUGCCCCGGCCAAUCAGUGGGUCCCGGAGGGGUCAGGGGGCAUCAGGGCAGGGGCACUUAAGGGCUCAGGGGGCAGUUUGGGGGGGUUAUGGAGUCGGAUGACCUCUUUGUCCGCAAGAUCCGUCGCCACGCCACCCGCCCCCCCCUGGCCUCCCUAACCUUUGACCCCAAGCCCCCAGGGACCCCCCGCCGCAGCAACCCUCCUUCCCCAGCCCCUCCCAUGCUUUCCCCAGGGGAGGGGGACAGCCACGACGCCCCCGCAGAGGACGGGACCCCCCCGGCCCCCCGUUUCCGGGACCCCCUGGUGCUUUUGGGGCUGCCGGGGGGGCGCGAGGGGGACGCGGAGGGGGAGGAGGGGUGGCCCCCCGAGAGCUGGGCCCGGUACGUGGCGCACCACGAUGUGCAGAGCAUGCUGUUUGACCCGCAGGAGCUCACGCGCGCGUGCGAGGGGCACGAGAGCUCUGGGGCAUCGGCUGCCGGCCCCCCACCGGAGCCUGGGCAGGAGGGGGAGGGGGCCUGGUGGGCCGGGGGGGGGCGAGAGUGACACCCCGCUGGUGCUGAGCUGCCCCCGGUUCCGGCGCGAGAUGGGGGCACCCGGCGAGUUGGGGGAGGUGCCGGGGCUCGGGGUGUCCCCCAGGGGGGAGCCCAACGCAGCUGUGAACGUGCUGGAGGGCAGCGCCCCCCCCCGCGGGGCCCGGCCCCCCCAUGCCAUCGAGCACGUGGACCUGGGGGCCACCUACUACCGCCACUACUUCUACGGCAGGGAGCACCAGAACUUCGUGGGCGAGGACGGGCGCCUGGGCCCGGUGGCCGUGUCGCUGCGGCGGGAGGAGAAGGAGCUGCCUGGGGGGGGCCCCCCCCUCACCCUGCACCGCCUCAUCAUCCGCACCAGCCAGCUGCGGGCCCUGCGGGCCUCAGUGCUGGAAGAGGCGCUGCCGGGGGCCGGGGGGCCGCGGGCACUGUCGCCACGGCGGCUGCUGGAGCUGGUAGCGCCAGUGCUGGAUUUGGGGGCGCUGCGCCUGGCGUCGCCCUCACCCCGCGUGCCCGACACCCUGCUCAAGCUGGACGAGCAGGGGCUGAGCCUGCAGCGCAAGGUGGGGGUGCUGUACUGCCGGGCCGGGCAGGGCUCGGAGGAGCAGAUGUACGGGAACGAGGAGGCCGCGCCGCCCUUCCGCGAGUUCCUGGCGCUGCUGGGGAAGGUGGUCGCCCUGCGCGGCUUCACCAAGUACCGCGCCCAGCUGGACACCCAGACCGACUCCACGGGCACACACUCGCUGUACACGACCUACCAGGACUACGAGAUCAUGUUCCACGUCUCCACCAUGCUGCCCUACACCCCCAACAACCCCCAGCAGCUGCUGCGGAAGCGUCACAUCGGCAACGACAUCGUGACCAUCGUGUUCCAGGAGCCGGGGGCACUGCCCUUCACGCCCCGCGCCGUCCGCUCACACUUCCAGCACGUCUUCAUCGUCGUGCGGGUGCACAAGCCCUGCACCCCCCACACCAGCUACAGCGUGGCGGUGACCCACAGCGAGGACAUCCCCCCCUUCGGCCCCCCGCUGCCACCCUCGGGCACCCGCCUCCCGCACACGCCGGCCCUGCGCGCCUUCCUGCUGGCCAAGGCCAUCAACGCCGAGAACGCGGCCGAGCGCGCCGGGCGCUUCCACGCGCUGGCAGCUCGCACCCGAGCCCAGUAUCUGCAGGACCUGGCGCGGGCUCACGCUACCACGGCCGGCCUGGAAGCAGCCGCCUCGGCCCGCCGCGGCCCCCGGCUCAUGCCCCGGCGCCGGGGCGCCGAGGCCGGGGGCCACCCUGAUGCCCUCCUGGGGGCCUUGACAUGGCGAGUGCGAGCCGGGGACCCCGAGGCUGGCGGCCCUGAGCGACCGUGCCGCCUGGGGGUGUCGGCUGAGCGGCUGGUGCUGGUGGGCACCGAGGGGGUGCUGUUCCACUGCUCCUGUCACGACGUGCUGGCCUGGGCCUUCACCGGCGAGGCCACGCUGGACCUGUACUACGGGCCCGGGCGCUACCUGCGCCUCCACCUGCCCCCCGCGCGCCCUCAGGACGCCCGUGCCAUCGUGCGGCGGCUCCAGGCCGUGUCACGGGGCUGUGAGGCGCGGGAGCUGGCGCUGCUGCGGGGGCCCCUGGGUGCGCUGGGCUUCGAGACGGAUGCCGAGGGGGUGGUGACGGCCGUGGAGCGCUUCACCUUUGCGGCCCAGGUGGGGCUGGCGCCCGGCACCCGCCUGCUGCGGCUGUGCCAGCGCGGCCUGGCAGGCCUCAGCCCCCCCCAGCGCCGCCGCCUGCUCCGCAAUGCCCCCAAGGUCUGCGUCACUGUCCUACCCCCCGACGACAACGGCCGGCCCCGCCGGAGUUACUCGGAGCUGUGUGUCCUGGCCCAGCAGGAGAAGCGGCACAGCCAGCCCCUGCCCCCCGUGCCCCCCGACGAGGCCCGGCCGGGGCCAGGGGGUCGGGGGUCGGGGGGCGCAGCGCUGCAGCUUCUGCGGGUGCUGUCCCUGCAGGAGGGACCCCCCCACCGCCUGGCUGAGGAGCGCACUGAGUUCCCCCGCAGCUGCAGCGCCCCCCUCGGUGCCCCCACGCCCCCCAGCAGUGACGAGGAGGGCCCCGUGCUGCCCGACCCCACGCCCGACCUGCUGCUGGGCACGGACCCCCCAGGGGACCCUGCAACAACACCCCCCAGAGACGGCUCCUUCACUCCUCCUCCUGCCCCCCCAGUCCUUUCGGAGGCGGGCGAGGAGGAGGAGUGGGAGGCCGUGACCACCGUCUGUAGCAGCAUCCUGGAGACUCUGGCCAGGGAGGGGCAGCAUGUGCCGGAGCUAUGGGAGCCCCCCGCAAGCGGCAAUCAGAGGGUCCCUGAGGAAGAGGCCCAGGCGCUGUCGGAGAAAGUGUUGUACCUGGAGUCACAGGUGCGGAAGAUGCAGGAGGCGCUGCAGCAGGAGCAGGCAGCGAAGGCGGCCCUCCAGGCAGAGAUCCAGACCCUGCGCCAGAUUCGCCCGGAGCUGGGGGAUGCCCCCCCUAGGGUCCCCCAAGCCCCCUCCUAGGUGGGGGGGGUCAGCCUGCCCCCCCACACAUGGUCUACCCCCCCCUUAGUGCAUCCUACUGUUGACAGGGGGCUGGGGAGGCACCUCCAAUUCAGGGCCCUCCCCCCAGGGGACACAUGCUUGCACUUGCACGUGUGCCCCCACCCCGUCCUUGCACACACAUGCACGCUCCAGCUGGGAACCUCGCAUGCAGCCCAGCUCACGGGGAUGGGCCUCGCACAGGGCACGUGCCCCCCCUUACUGUGACAUGGAAGCUGUGAGUACCCCGUCCCCCAUGUCUCUGUCCCUCCAUUGCCCCCCCAAUAAACCCACCUCAGUUGUC